UUACAGCAAAAAGCAUGAUCUGAUCUUUGGAUACAUAUGUUUUGGGGUGAGGUGUUUGUAGGGGUGCAGACAGUUUAUAUACUAUGGACAUGGCUAAUCGAGUGUCGGCCAAGGGCUACAAUAUCUGCUUUGUUCAUGUUUACUUGUCGUGGGAUUCUUGGUUACUCCACGCAGCUCCCAUUACCCCAGGAAUUUGUAGGUUCAGGAGUGGAUUUUCCAGUAGGGAAUGUAUCGUUCUUCCUAUUCUUCUCGGGCCAUGUUGCUGGAUCUGUGAUUGCGUCGUUCGAAAUGAGGCGAAUGCGUAGAUGGGAAUUGGCAUGGUUAUUUGAUACAUUGAAUGUGCUUCAAGCUGUGAGGUUGCUAGGUACCAGGGGUUGUCACACCAUUGAUUUGGCUGUUGGUGUUGGUGCUGGAAUCCUAUUCGAUUCCCUUGCUGGCAAGUACGAAGACAGCAAGAGAAAAUGUCCACUUGUUUCUGGUACCAUGAAAGAGGGCUUGUUAAGAUAAGAAGAAUUGCUCAAAUGGCAACGUCAAAUUUGAAGAAGACAAUGUAAAUUGCUGCUCAAAGGGGAAAAAGCAAAAGGGGAAUGGUAGUUUAGAAAACAAGUUAAAAUGGGGUGUCAAUGUUCUAAUCCUUGUGUUUUUUUUUUCGAUGUGGCCUCUGUUUUCUUGGGGUGCUUACAUUGCUUGCUUGCAGUCAUUUCACAUUUGUCAAUAUUCUUUUUGGCAUAGGAUAAGCAUGUUAAAGUUAGAGCCUAGGAUGUGUUUUGUA